AUGCCGGGUAGCCCCAAGAAAAAGAAAUCGAAGCGGAAAGCUACAGACUCUGACCUCAAGGCACCUGAAGGGCAAGAAGGUGGGGUGAAGAGAGCACGCGCUCAGGUUGAGCGGAUGAGUCAGCAGAACCCUCGACAUUCAGGACGUCCAGGUGCCAGGAAAGGAGGUAGGAACACUCAGCUGGAGAAAAUUGGCGCCAUCUUGCAUGCCCCGAUGCGGACCAAUCAAGCCAAGGGUGCUACAUCCCUUGAUACGAACAUCCCUGCAAACCCUCUCGCUCCAGAACCGCCUCGCAAGGGUCAUGGAAGCCAUUCCAAGACAAAGCAGCCCCCUCCGCCAUAUAGCCCCUCGGAGACGCUGAAUGUAACGACUUCCAAAUCACGCUCAAAGAAGACCAAGGCUUCCAUUGCUCCUGCUCUGACCUUUGAGUUGAUGGAUGAUCAACCAACUUUUUCACAACGUGAAGCUGGUGGCCGUUAUGGAUUUUCGCCCCCCAUUGUUCCCAUUGUUCCCCCUGGCACAGAACCAGAUUUGCAAGCGCUAAACAACCCCUUCAUGGCCAAUGCUAGGAGGUUGCAGUCACCAUCUGCAUCCCAAUCUCAGGCUCCUGCUUCGGAAGCUCACCGUCCAAUCGCUGCUCCUCAGCACACUAACUUCUACCAUAAUUUGGAUCCUGCACUCCGGUCGAGUGCACUAAGUACAGAUUCUGAAGGGUCAGAUUCGUCGAAGGAUGAAGAUUCACCCUCGGAUGAAGGUGGUGAAGACGAGCAGAUUGGUUGGGGAGAAGUUUUUCAAGAGAAGAACUACCUGUCCCAGCCUCAAGUGGUAACUGCGUUGCCAGUGGAUUUCGAAUUCCAGCAUUCAUGCGACGAAGACGACCAAGUUGCUGAGAGGACUUUGGCAGUUAGCGGUGAUUUGAGCGAGGGUAGUACAAUGACAGAUCAGGAGAGUGCUCCUCAGCUGGCUGAUGUUUUGAGAGUUCAUCACGAGAAAAACGGCCAUCCCCACCUUCCUGACCCCGCCCUUCUAGAUCUUCUCCACGCUGCUGAGGUGGCUGCCCCCAACUCAAAGGCCAAAAUCAAAGCCAAAAUGGGGAUCGAAAUUGAAAUUGAAGGCGGACAAUAG